UACGUCGACGACGACUUCCCCGCGCAGCUGCCAAUCAAGCUUCCUGCGGUCGGCCUCGUGCUCACCACGGGUGAGCCCGACUUUGGCCUCCUCGCCGACGACGACUGGGGCACACAGUUCCCGCCCUCCGACGGCUUCACCGACCUCGGGCCCACGAACCGCACCUUCCUCGUCUCAAUGGUCCACCAGCUGCAUUGCCUGGACGUCAUGCGCGUCGGCUUCGUCACGAAUCGGACCGGGUACGCGCACCAUGUCGCACAUUGUCUGCGCUACCUCCGACAGGCCAUCCUAUGCAUGGCCGACACGACGCUCGAACCCAGUCACCCGGUCGUCAUGAACGGGGAAUGGACUUACGCGGCGGGCGGCGUGGGGAGCGUGCACCGAUGCAGGGACUGGAUGAGGGUGAGGCAGUACUUGGAGGAGCAUCCCGCUCAGGAUCCGAUAGACCCUCGUUUGGUGUGA